AUGAACGCCUCCAUUCCCUCUCUGUGUGGCCGGUGCAGACCUGCUCUGCGGCAGGCUGCGAUUCUAUCUCGCCGUUACGCCUCGACCGCCCCGAAAUCCGCGCCGUCUCCGAAAAAUCGUUGGAUCGGCAUUGCUAUUGUGACCGUUGCAGCAGGUGGCACGGGCGCAUAUCUGCGAUCGCAGGGUCCGGGGUCUGUGACACUCAAUCAGGAAACCUUUACCAAGUACAGUCUCGUGUCGAGAGAGCCGGUCUCGUCGACGAGUAGCCUAUUCACCCUCCGGCCCCGAUACCACAGCGACCACAGCUACGAUGUCUAUGAAGAUGCCUGGAAGACGGGUGUAUGGAGUGUGAUGUUCAAGCAGCCCCAGCUGCAAAUUGGAAGGGACUAUACACCUCUGCCAGUGACAGCUGCAACGCCGUUGACAGUGGACGAGGAGAAUGAAGGCUACCUGCGGUUUUUUAUCCGCAAAGACCCCUUUGGAGAGGUGUCACGAUACCUACACAGCCUCGCUAUUGGAGCAGACAUUGAGAUGCGAGGCCCACAAAUUGAAUGCGCCAUCCCCGAGGAGACCCAGGAGAUACUUUUUAUUGCUGGAGGGACAGGCAUUGCGCCAGCGUUGCAGGCUGGGUACUCCUUGCUCAACCGCACAACCGAGGCGAAUCGCCCACGGAUACACAUUCUAUGGGCUAGUCGACUAAAAGAGGACUGCCUGGGUGGCAAAGGUGACACGCCUUUGGCCACCUCAUCUCAACGGUCCUGGUUUUCUGGGUGGUUUGGAUCCUCUGGAAAUACCGGUCAGGGCAGCCAGGUCGCAAUCCCGCAGGACAAAGAAAAGUCUCUCAUUGUCCGCGAGCUGGAUGGGCUCAAGUCUCAGUACCCGGGUCAGAUUACUGUCGAUUACUACUUGGAUGAGGAGAAUCGCUUCAUCAGUAAGAAGAAUAUCUCAGAUUAUAUUGAAUCCAUGCCGAGGUCUCCAGCUGACCCGCGCGGGAGAAAACUGAUCUUGGUAUCUGGUCCCGAGGGUUUCAUCAGCUACAUGGCCGGGCCUAAACUAUGGGCUGAUGGAAGGGAGCUGCAAGGCCCCUUGCGAGGAAUCAUCAAAGAACUCGAUCUGAAAGGAUGGGCUGUGUGGAAACUCUGA